AUGGCCCCAACUCAGGGUUCAAAGUUGAAGUCCAAAGAUUCAGGGCGCAAACUCGAGUCGACUACCAUCCCUCAUAGGCGACAGUCGAAUAAAGUCCUGAAAAGUUGGACUGCAAAGAUGAAAAUGUACUACUCGAGAAAGCCUCCUGGAAAUGGUAAUGAUAUAUUUCCAUCUCCCCAAGAAUCUGUGCUAAAUGUUUUAGUCGUUGACCGAAAAUUUAUCAAGGAACAAUGCAAGAGGUUUCUGGAAAGUUUGGCGGAGAGAUCCAAGGCUGGAGCGAGUAUCAGCGGGGUCAAGGAGCUGACUGCAUAUCUUAAUGAAGGGCGCAAGACUGGUGCUUUCUACAAGUCGCAUCAUCUACCGCGGGGCGCUUCGAAAAUUCUUUCGCAGAUGUGGAAAGACGAGGAUGUUACUUUCCACAUAGCAGAGGAUGCCCACGAAGAGGAAUGCCGAACCAAUCCCGCGUACGAAUACUGGUCAAGAGGAGAGGACCGGCUGCGCAAGCAGGCUACCAGGAUCUACCAAAUGGAGCUUGAGCACGCUCAAGCUCUUGAUCAGCUAAGAAAGAGUGCUGAGGACGUGCUUUGUGAGCAGGAAGCUCGCGUUCUAGCUUUAGAAAAGGAAGUCGGUGUCUUGACAGGCAAACUGGCCAGACGCGACGAGGAACUCCGGAUAGUCCGGCGGAAGCAGACUAAACAUUCUAGUGACGAGGAACAAGACGAAGAGUAA